AAAUCUUUUUUAGUAUAUUUCUUCUGUUUGUCUGAAAAUAAUUUUAAACCGCAGUCAGCUAAAUUAAAAAAUAAGGUUCUUGCUCCUGUUGCUGCGGAUAGACACAAGUCAAUAUAAAUAGCGCCCUAUAAUCUUUUUGUAAUUUUUUUUAUAAAAUAACAUGAGUCAAGAAAAUAAGCCUAUGAACCCAAAAAUGCCUUCAAAUGUGGAGGAAUUAAAAAGACUUAAAUUAGCCAAAAAAGAACUUAAAAAGAAACAAAAUGCCAAACCCCAAGUCCAGUCUGUUGUUCCAGAAGUUUUGGAGCGCGUGUUUGAGACAGUGUCCGACCAAAAUAAGCUGUCAACUAUUGAAGGGAAUGUUCGUGUCAUGACGUUUAAUUUAUUAGCACAAUCGCUCAUUAAACGUGAAUUGUUUCCUGAUUCUGGUGAAAUUUUAAAAUGGAAACUUCGACGAAAAAUGAUUGUAGACGAGAUAAAACUGUAUCACCCGGAUAUCAUAAGCAUUCAAGAGUUGGAUAAUUUUGAUUCCUAUUAUAAGGGUGUCCUUGCAAGCAUAGGCUAUGCUGUUGAAUAUUAUUACCAUCCAGUCAAACGCCAUGGUUGUGGCAUUGCUUACAAAAUCGAAAAGUUUGACAUAAUAGAUUACAGCACAGUGGACUAUAAUACAGACGAUACGUGUCCACCCUCGUUCAUGACUGGAAACGUAGCGCAGCUUAUCGCAUUACAAUUAAAAGGAAAUCCCAAAGUUGGUUUUGUUGUUGGAAAUACUCAUUUGUACUGGAAGCCUUGUGCAAAUUACGAAAGAUUUCGACAGAUUACAAUUUAUAAAAAAAGGUUUAUGGAAUUUAAAUCUCGUUUGACAUUGAAACAUAAUCACCGGUGGAUAUCAUUGCUUCUAGGAGACUUUAAUUCAGAACCUAUCGAUGCAGGAUAUUCAAUCCUGACAAAAAAUCAACUAGACCAAGCAGAAUUAGAUGACUUAAAUGAAUCUCGCCUGUAUAAGAAUAAAGACGACAAUGCACAAAUGGGUGCGGAAGAUGAUGAGGAAGGAGAAUCAGUUUCCAUUACAGGCGAACUUGCAACUCUAGAUCAGCUUCUCGAAAUUCAUAGAGGCACACCCAGUUGGACUAGUGUAUAUAGUAACUUUGGAAAAAUCAGCAACGAUCGAAGUCAGCUGGGAUCAUUUGGCGAACCAAAGUUUACGAAUUAUACUUCACAAUUUCAAGGAACUUUGGACUAUAUGUUUUUAGAAAAGGAUGACGAUUCAAUUGCUAUUAGGCGGAUAUUGAUGCUGCCUAAGGAAGAAUUUUUGAGACCUUCUCUCCCCAAUAAGAACUUUGGCUCUGAUCAUAUGUGUCUAGUAGCAGAUAUUGACUUUUAAUAAUAAAUCAAGAGUUAGGCUCUCUGCGAAUUCAUUUAACCUUCAAUAGUGGGCUUAAACUCUC